GUCAUUUGGAAGGCAUGGCUCACGUGGAAGAGCCUGGCCCACUGAGUCACGGCUUCUCCACACCUGUUUUCCUGGUCCUUCUCCCGUCAGUAGAAGCUGGUUUGUCAUUCCUGCAGAUGACAUAGGCAGCAGCUCAGAUUUAUUGCACACGGUGGGGUAUUAAAGGAACCCUGGGGCCCUCUCAUUAGCUUUCUACUGCUUACCAAAACAAGGCUUGAACCUGCUGAAAGGUCCCAGGCCAUGGAGAUGGAGUAGGUGAGAGGAUUUAGAUUCCAGUCAGAGAAGCAGACUGAAUCCUGCAAGCCCAGCUUACCCUAAAUAGUUACGGAGGAGAGAGAAUGAUGCGGGGACUUCCUGCCAGCAGCUUCUGGUUAAACCUCUUUGCCAAACAAAUCCUCCUCCUGAGAACUGGCUGCCCAUGCACACUGUAGAAACAGUGGGCUUUGUUAUCCUCCGACCUGGACCUACUCACACCUCUGACUAUGUAGGAGCCUGUAGUGUCCCCAGGGAUGCCUGCCCGGGACUCUCUGUUCCCAGCCUCUCUCCCUAUGUACUUUUAGACAGAUCUUUUGUUUUGUCCAGACCUAUGCCAUCCACUCCCAGUCUGUGAUGAUGCCUGGACAUGGAAGAAAGAAGAGGAAUGUCCCCUUUGUUCCGCUCAUCUGCAAAGGCAGCCUUGUAGCCCCCUCUUGAUGCUGCUUAAUGGGAGAGUUUCCUUUCCAUGAAGGUGCCUUAGAUGUUAGAGACAAACUCUGGGCAUUGCUAGCUUUGGUUAACACCAAGCUAGAUGACUCCAUCACUCAAGAAUUUAGCUGGAUCCUUCUCUAUUAUGCUUACCCAGCCAUCCAAUAGAAGAUCUGUGGUCUCCGGGAAUUCCUCCUGUGGUAGGGGAAGUAAACACUCGUGAGGUUAUUUUCAAGUGGAUGACAUGUUUUGUAGAAACAUGCUCAAAGUCUCCUGGGAAUGUAAAGACAGGAUGACCACAGGCUGUGGAUGGCCUCACAGGAAGAGCAAGAGCUGGCAGGCUGUGGAGGAGGGCUGGAGGAGAGAGGGCCUGAAACUGAGUAGUCAUCCCUGAUCCUUCAUCUCCCAGGAGUGCCUUAGAGACUCCUGGAAGUUUCCAGCCAACCAGCCAAGAAUUAGCUGAGCCUCGGGGUGAAUGCUUGUUUAUAACACUGAGAAUGGCACCAAGGUCCAGUCUGAUACCAAGACAAGGUUAAGCUGGGGCACAGUGGCACAGCGAUCCUGAUGUCUGUUCCCAGCCACACAGUCAAGGCUGUGUUAAGAAGCCCAAGUUGUCACCAUGGCUUCUGCCGAGCCCCUGACAGCGCUGUCCCGCUGGUACCUGUAUGCCAUCCACGGCUACUUCUGCGAGGUGAUGUUCACAGCGGCCUGGGAGUUUGUGGUGAAUUUUAACUGGAAGUUCCCGGGGGUCACGAGCGUGUGGGCCCUCUUCAUCUAUGGCACCUCAAUCCUGAUUGUGGAGCGCAUGUACCUGCGCCUGCGGGGCCGCUGUCCUCUGCUGGUGCGCUGCCUCAUUUACACACUCUGGACCUACCUGUGGGAGUUCACCACCGGCUUCAUUCUGCGCCAGUUCAACGCCUGUCCCUGGGACUACUCCCAGUUCGACUUUGACUUCAUGGGUCUCAUCACCCUGGAGUACGCUGUGCCCUGGUUCUGUGGGGCCCUCAUCAUGGAGCAGUUUAUCAUCCGCAACACCCUCCGCCUACGCUUCGACAAGGACGCAGAGCCCGGGGAGCCCGCCAGUCCGCCAGCCCUGGCCAAUGGCCACGUCAAGACCGACUAAAUCAGAAGACUAAUGUGGGGACCUAAGGUCUCUCCUAGGAACUCAAGGACAGAGAGGCCAAGCUGGCGGGGUUACCCCUUGGUUCAGCACAAGCCCUGCACCCCGCUGGGUCUUAGCCCAGCAGGGCAAUCACAACCACAUAUGGUGGGCAGCGGGAUGGUAUUGGGAAGUUGAGUAUCCAGACAACAGAAGGACACUGGGACUGGUCCAUGGCUCUCUACCCAUCCUGGGGGCUGGGGCCUGGACAAUGAACAGUAGGACUUCAUGGAUUACUUUAGAAGCAGCAGGCCGGUCCUGGUGGAAGGACACAGACUCUGGGGCCACAGGUGGGAAGCUGAUGUUGGGGCCACCACCCCACCUGCCCCCUGGCUUCAGCUGGGCUUUGGCUGGUCCCAUUAGGCAAUAUUCAGGUGCUUGCUUGCAACCAAUACCUCCCCAGGGGCCUCUGAGCUGCAGCCUGGGAGGGGCCCAGAGGCCAGCAGGCUGCUUGGUGGCAUGGCUCUUGUGCAAGGGCUGGGAAAACUUCCUUUGGCCCCUCUCCCUCCCCCAAGGCCCCACGCUGUUCCCUUGGCCUUCUGGGGGCCCCUGUGGUGCUGGAUUCCCACCAACCUUGGGCUUUUGGAGGUUUCAAUCCCGCGUGUUCGGUGGCGUUUCCCCUUUCUCUUACGUUCAAGACAUUUACUAGCAGGCAGCCCUCUUCUCUGUGACAGUCAUCAUAUCCCCCCCCCUCCCUACAGAGCACAGCAGUGGCCAGCAGCACAGCUCUAAAAUGAACCCCACCUGCCUUCCUGCAGCCUUCCCUCCACCUUCAUCUGGGGGCUGGGGACAGCCUGGUGCCCCCUUCCUGCAGAGGUCCCACUGAAAAUGCAUAGUAUUCCCUCAAUGUACAUCUGGGCCGAGAGGUGCUCUGUGGAUUCACAGUGUGUGUGGGGGGGGCCAGAGUUCUAGGUCCUAUUUUCCCAUACUGGUUUAUUUAUAAGCCAGUUAGUCAAUAGAGGAGCAGGUAUCUAGUUGGAGACUCACAGGGAACAUUACAGAUGUGGAAGACCAUGGAAGGCUCUUUGGAGCCCCUUUUCUGGAAAAAGAUGAGUUCUACCAUAACCUCAGCUCAGCCCCUAACCUCUGGGCUACUUCUCCAACUCCUGGCCAGCUGCCCCUUUGAGCUUGUUCCUCAAACAGCGUUACCCCUGCUACACUCAUGGGUAUUGUCAGCUUGGUCGUCUUUCUCCCGUGAUGGGUCCAUUGCUGGCAGUGGACAUGAAAUCCUUACUCCAGCCCCUUCUGAUUUUGUCCUCCACUCUCUGAAAGAAUGCUGGUCCAUCGAAGGGUGUCCAUCCCACGUUGCAGUCUCCUCUUGGCCACCCUGAGGACUCUGAGGUGGAAGUCAGUCUUUUCAUUCCUAUAAAUCAUUUUAGAAGUGACAGUGCCACCUGAGGAGAGGGUUUCUGAAGUAUGCAGACAGCCCCAGGGCAGGGCCAGCAGCAGGAGUGUCCUGGGCUGGGAGAAAGUCUUCUCUGUCCAGGACAGAAUGCAGUGUUUCCCUGGGUCGGCAUCUCAUCACCAAACACCAUUCUGUGUGGGGAGGGGGAGGAGCACCUUUUGGUUUUGUUGUAGCCCUGAUUCCAGGGCUUUGUGGGUUGCAGGGAUUCAGGGUUCCAAAGGGAGUGGUUGCUUUCUGUCUACACAUGGAGAGAAUUCCUUAUUUUGUAGGUCCCUUCCUCCAGUUCCAUGUUAUCUCAACCCCCUGAAUCCCCAUGCCUCUGCAGGCCACCUCACAUCUGAAUCCAGUGGCUUGCUGAGGUGUCCCAGCAUCAAGACUCCAAUUCUCCAUCAGAGAAAGCCAUUGGGUAGCCCCCACUCUCAGCACUCCGGAUGCUGCCUUGUAGCAUUCCCUGGCACCAUUUUUUCUCAAGACCCUUUAUCCCCAUGUCAGGAAGGCUUCAUGGAGUGAAUCUGCUUGCCUGGCAAUACUCAGCACAGUGAUCUGCUUAUGUGGGUCCCCUGUUCUCCUUUGGCACUCAUAGGCACAGAACCCCAGCCAGGGGAGGCUACACUGUAAGGCCUGGCCACAGACCUGCAGGCUCAGAUCUCACUAAAUAGCCCAGACUUCAGCUCUUACUUUAUUGACUAUCUCCAGGGCCCCAACCCUUUCGUGCACAGGGUCACAAAGGUUGGGGUGAACAUCGGGGAGUCUGCUGGCUGUUUAGGGAACCUCUGAUGUUCUGGGCCCAAGGCAGCCAUCUCAGAGUUGCAGAUAGUAUGCUGCCCUGCAUGGUUGAGUUGCUUUGGAUGUCUGCUAGGCUUCCAGUAUGCCCUGUCCCCUCCUCAUGCCAGAGAGUCACAAUGGUCUGUGCUUAUUUACAGCAAUAAUUCAUAGGGAGUGUCUGUGAGUCCCUUUUGUCCUGGUCCCUCACUCUUCAUGGAUCUCUCAGGAGGCUGCUGAGUGGGUCAACCCAUGUGAGCAUCUAUUUCUGAAGCUCUGGGCUGUGCAGAGUGUUGCUGCAGGAGGCAGGUGAGAGGCCUAGCCAUGAACUGUGAGUAAGGCGAGGGAAGCACCUUCCACCCUGAGGCUGCCCAUACCUGGACGAGCUAUAGGCCCCAGCUUUGGAACAGGGCCUUUGAAGUAGAUAGGACUGUCCUCCAACUGGACAGCUCUCAGAGAGAAAGGCACAUGACUGACUUGUGAGCCCGUUGCCUGCUAUGUCUCUGUUUGUCUGUCUCUUCCUUUUCAUAAUUGUGCACAUAAAAUAUACUGGUGUUUGUGUUC